AUGGACCCCCGCUCCACCGACACCCUGCAGAUAUUCAAACGCAUCUGGCCCCAACUAUUCCCCGCCAAGCCCACCAUCGCUGCAGACAAUCUGCAUCCCCAUGCUGGCCGCGUCGUAAUCAUUACCGGUGAUACCUCCACUCUGGGUCUGGGUCUGGGUCUGGCGCACGUUUUGCAUCUCGUGGAUUUCCUCGCUCGGACGGGCGGUGACCCGUCUUCGGCCCUCACUUCCUCCCCGGAUCCCAAAUCAGACACGAAUACGAACUACACCAUCAGCAAAACAGGCAACUGGUUCCUGGCGGCCCAUUUCGCAUCGACCCUUGGGUCGAAGGGUGUGGUCAGCAUUACUCAGAAUCCGGGGAUGAUUGAUACUCCGUCCUAUGAUAAUGCUCCGAGGCUGAGUGUGAGGGUUAGUAAGCCCGUGUUUUACACGCUCGAGGUUGGGGUAAGUACCCUACUUUGGGCCGGCUUUGAGAAUGGGAUUACGGUGGAUUAUGGGGGAAGGUAUGUCAUUCCAUUCUGGAGGUAG